UUCUUCAAAUAUUUGAUGAAUUGUUAUCUAGUUUUUCUAUUUUGUUAUGUGGUUGAUAUUCAGGGAACUACAAGGCCAACACAUUAUCAUGUUCUGUUAGACGAGGUGGGCUUUUCAGCUGAUGAUUUGCAGGAGCUUGUGCAUUCUCUUUCGUAUGUGUACCAGAGAAGCACUACAGCCAUUUCCGUGGUUGCUCCGAUUUGCUAUGCUCACCUGGCAGCCGCCCAGGUAGGAUCGUUCGUGAAAUUUGAAGACAAAUCUGAGACAUCUUCAAGCCAUGGUGGUAUGACAUCUGUGGGAGCUGCUGCGGUUCCUCAACUACCUAGAUUGCAGGAGAAAGUGUGCAACUCAAUGUUCUUUUGUUGAGGCCUUUUGUCCUGCAGAAGAAGAUAACUCAGUUUUUGUAUAGACUUUUUGGUUUUACAUUGGUGAUGCCUUGUUUCCUUCCUGACUCUGAAUUCGACUUUUGGCAUUAGUGUACAAACUGGUUAUGUAGUACCCAAG